AUGACGUCCCAGUUCCGAUGGCUAUUUACGAAAUCGCGUUGCGGAACGGCCAGCAAAUGCCGUUUCUCAGAAUUGACGGUCCUUAUGGUGCAGCAGCUGAAGAACUUCGGCCGGCCCGACUUUACCAAGUUGUUCCAGCAUGUGCGUGAUCAGAUUGAUGACGGCACGUACCUUCCUGAAAUCGAAAGGAGGAUGCAGACUACAGACGGAGUGUACUUUUGUGGACCAGCAGUGGCCGCUCACCAGAUCAAGAGUCCUUGCAGAAAUGUUACCACGCAGGAUGUGAACUUCAUGUUUUGGAAAGAGCACUUUUGA